AUGUCGGAGGCCCGGCUGGCCGCUGUGGACGUCCGCGUACCCCCGACCCCCGACCCGCCCUUCCACUUUGGCACGGCUGUGACCCCGGGACUUCGCGCGGCGCGGACUCUGCGUGCCCAGAAGCGGCGACGGGGGGAGCUAGAGGCUCGCGGUGAGCCCGGGACGCGAGCAAGGGCGCGCGGGCCGGCCGCACGGCGCCGGGCGGAGGCGGCCCCCUCUGCGGCCCCCGAGCUGCACCCGCUGCCCACCGGGCUGCGAGCCGCGCGGGGACGGCGGGUGCGGGAGACCGGGCCGCGCAGAGGGCGCGGCGCCCGGGCCUCGCGGGCCAGUCCGGCCGGGCCCCGCCGGCCCCGAGCGCGGCCCUUCCGCGGGUCUGACUCCCGGCGGGCCGCGCCACCCUCGGGAGCCUCGCUCGGCGAGGCCGGAGGCCCAGUGCGCCGCCGGGAAACGCCUGCACCCGAAAGGGAGGGGGUGGGGAGCGACGGGAGGAAGGGAGAGCCGGAGCGGGGGCCGAAGGAGGGAGGGGGAGAGGAUGGCGAGCGGGAAAGGCGGAGAAAGGGGGCGAGGGAGACCAGGCCGAAGAAAAAGACGGGAGGGGAAAAACCGAAGGUGUAUCAAGGUGUCCGGGUGAAGAUAACGGUGAAGGAGUUGCUGCAGCAGAGAAGGGCGCACCAGGCAGCCUCCGGGGGAACCCCAUCCGGAGGCAACAGCGUCCGCCUUUCAGACCAAGUCCUGCCAUCUCCUGCAGGGCUGUGUUUUGAGCCUGAACCGGUUUCUUCCACACCCAGUUAUUUUCAACCCCGAGAAUUUUCCAGUUGUGUUUCUUGUGAGGAAAACACAAGCUGCCUCAACCAGAUCUUUGAUUCCUACCUUCAGACAGAGACACACCUGGACCCUUCGCUCACUUCCGCGCAAAGUGCUCCACACUAUUUCCCUGACAGCUUCCAAGCCGCCCCUUUCUGCGUUAGCCAGAGCCUGACCCCGGGAUCGCCUUCUGAUUCCUCCACUCUCUCCGGUUCCUUGGACUACAGUUACUCGCCGGCUCAGCUACCGUCAUAUGCUCCAGAGAAUUACAAUUCUCCCCCUUCUCUGGACACCAGGAACUGUGGCUUCCCCUCCGAAGACUACUCCUAUGCCCACCUGCCCCCGGACGCCCAGUACGACUGCUUCUCCUCGGCCGGCACCUCCGUCUGCUACUGUGCGUCGUGUGAGGCAGAACACUUGGACCCCAUCAGGGCAUCGGAGUACUUUUCCUACCCCAGCUCAGACUACGUGAACUUUGCCCCCUCUGCAGCGGCCACCAGCGAUUUCUAUAAGAGGGGGACAAACUGUGACAUCUGCUAUAGUUAA